AUGUAUAAAAUAUUUGCCCAGAUUGUUGGUGAUGUGGAUGAGAAUCUACCUCGUGUCUGUGAUGAAUUGGGAAUCAGCCUUACAAAAGAAGAGAAAAAGAUUAAUGUACGACCUUUACUGCGACUGGUCAUGAAGCGAUUUUUUGGGGCAUUUACUGGUUUUGUAGACAUGUGUGUGGAGCAUGUUCCUUCUCCAGCGGCCAAUGCCCACACUAAGGUUGAACAUGUCUACACAGGCUCUAUGGAAACAGAAUUGGCUGAAGCAAUGGUCCAAUGUGAUGCUGAUGGUCCUUUGAUGAUUCAUACCACCAAGUUAUACCCAACUCCAGAUGCUACAAGUUUCCAUGUGUUGGGUCGUAUUAUGAGUGGCACCCUGCAUGCAAACCAAGAGGUCAGGAUCCUUGGAGAAAAUUAUUCCCUGCAAGAUGAGGAAGAUUCUCGCUUUGGAAUGGUUGGACGUCUUUGGAUUGCAGAAGCCAGGUAUAAGAUUGAAGUGAAUAGAGUUCCUGCAGGUAAUUGGAUUCUGAUAGAAGGUAUUGAUCAGUCCAUUGUGAAGACAUCUACCAUUACUGAAGUAUCAGGUCCAGAAGAGAUUUACAUCUUCCGCCCGAUUAAGUUUAACACUAGUUCUGUAAUCAAGAUUGCUGUUGAGCCUGUGAAUCCCUCGGAACUUCCCAAAAUGUUAGAUGGGCUUCGGAAAGUGAACAAAAGUUAUCCACUUCUUAACACUAAGGUUGAAGAAUCUGGUGAGCACAUAAUUCUUGGAACAGGAGAGCUCUACCUUGAUUGUGUCAUGCAUGAUCUCAGGAAAAUGUAUUCAGAAAUUGAUAUUAAGGUUGCUGACCCAGUUGUGUCUUUCUGUGAGACAGUUGUAGAGACCUCAUCCUUGAAGUGUUUUGCUGAAACCCCAAACAAAAAGAACAAGAUAACAAUGAUUGCAGAACCUUUAGAAAAAGGGUUGGCUGAGGAUAUUGAGAAUGAAGUUGUGCAGAUUACAUGGCCCCGGAAAAGGUUGGGAGAAUUUUUCCAGACUAAAUAUGACUGGGAUUUGUUGGCUGCUCGAUCUAUUUGGGCUUUUGGUCCUGAUGCCACUGGUCCAAACAUUCUUGUGGAUGAUACAUUGCCGUCUGAGGUGGACAAAAACUUAUUGAUUGCGGUCAAGGAUAGCAUUGUGCAGGGAUUCCAAUGGGCAACUCGUGAAGGUCCCCUUUGUGAUGAACCAAUUCGUAAUGUGAAGUUCAAAAUCCUUGAUGCUGUGAUUGCUGGAGAGCCAAUCCAUCGUGGAGGUGGACAGAUUAUUCCAACUGCUAGAAGAGUUGCUUAUUCAGCUUUUCUCAUGGCUACUCCACGUAUGAUGGAACCUUAUUAUUUUGUGGAGGUAAUGGCUCCUGCCGAUUGUGUGUCUGCUGUUUACACAGUUCUUGCACGUAGGAGAGGCCAUGUUACCCAAGAUGCUCCAGUGCCUGGCUCCCCUCUUUAUACCAUCAAAGCUUUCAUUCCAGCCAUUGAUUCAUUUGGAUUUGAAACAGAUUUACGUACACACACUCAAGGACAGGCAUUCUGUUUAUCUGUCUUUCAUCAUUGGCAGAUUGUGCCUGGUGAUCCAUUGGAUAAAAGCAUCAUUAUUCGUCCUUUAGAGCCUCAACCAGCCACUCACUUAGCUCGUGAAUUCAUGAUCAAAACACGAAGACGAAAGGGUCUUAGUGAAGAUGUAAGCAUCAACAAGUUCUUCGACGAUCCUAUGUUGCUGGAAUUGGCCAAACAAGAUGUGAUGCUUAAUUAUCCUAUGUAA